CCGCUGGAAAGAAUCAGACUAACUGAUAAAUCACUUCCCAUCUGUGAUUCCUGUGAACCUGUGAAGUCACGAUUUCUCAAGCAAAGCUGGACGUCCCACUAACAAAGUUACAAACUGGACACUUUUUGUUUUGAUCUGAAGUGAUACUCCCUCCGUCCCUUAUAACUUUGCCAACUUUCCUUUUUUGGAUGUCCCAUUAACUUUGCCACUUUCCCAUUUAAGUAAAGAAUUUGUGGUUCCAGUUAAUUCUCUCUUCUCUGCACAAACCUCAACCACACAGUUUUUACUUUAUUAAUCCACGCGUUGGUCAAAUUUGGCAAAGUUAUUAGGGACUGAGGGAGUAUACCUCAAGUUGAACGAUUGAUGUUCAAUAACUUAAGGGCAGAUUCACGCGGCCGGGUAAUAUGGAAUUUUGAGUCCGCUGAAUACAAACAAAGCAAGGAAAUGGAAAAUUACCAGAACCUGUUCGGUGAAAUGCCUGAAAGAGACAUGAAGAGGGGUGACAGGUUCAUUUCCCUCCAAAAAUAAAUAAGUGGUUGCUGAUUCGCUUAGCAGAAAAUGCACUUGUUUGUUCGCCAGUCUACAUAAGUUGUUUUGUUAGCUUAAAGUCUAAAGCUUUGUUACGCCAAGUGAGUUAGUUGAUUUCAUGUUUAGCAUAUGAGACAGUAAUGUCGAACUGCUGCAAAAUUCUUUUCACAAAUGGUGUCAUUUCAACUUCUGCUGAAACACCAUCUGUUGCAACCUUACUCGAAGCUCACCCGGGUGCAUACACAACCACCCGGACUCAUCACAAUGGAUCAAAGCUCUUGUUCUGGGAAAGGCACUUGAGAAGACUCUCAAAUUCCGCUAGUAUUCUGCUACACUCCAGCCCAAAACUCAUGUUCAAAGUCCCAACAUAUGCUGUUUCAUACUCCUCAAUGUCAAUGGCCUCGCCCACUUGGGAUUCACUAAUUCAGUCUCUGGUAAAUGACUCAAUGAGAAAGGUUAUGCCUGCUGUGCUAACAGAGAGGGAAAAUGAGGAGGAAUUAGCCAUCACAUCUCUUGUCAGUGGCAAUUUGGAAGAUUUUAGGGAUCUAGAGAGAUUAAAUGAGGAAAACAUCUCGAGAAUGUUUGAUGUGUAUGUGCACAUUAGUGGAUAUGUUCCUAAAAUAUUUGGAAUUUCAGAAAACGGGGCACACUUGGCAGUUGCUGGCUGUGGAAGAGAGGUAGCAAAUGCAAAAUAUUCAGACUGGGCAGAGGAAGUGCUUGGAGAAGUUGAGGCCUCCUUCAGUCAAUGAGCUCUUGUUGUCCAAUAAUGGAGAUAAAAUUUUGGAGGGCUGUUUGACAAAUUUUUUUGUGGUUUGUUGCAAGGAAGAAAAAGGAAAUACAAACUGUUUUGAAAUACAGACAGCCCCCCUCAGUGAUGGUGUUCUUCCAGGAGUUAUACGCCAAGUAAUUCUUGGUAUAUGCUCAAGAAAUGGAAUUAUGCUCCGAGAAGUUGCACCAUCAUGGUCAAAGCGUGAAACAUGGACAGAAGCAUUCAUUACAAAUAGCUUGAGAGUAGUGCAGCAUGUGGUGACAAUUCGGUUUCCAGAAUCAAUGGAAUCACUUGAAGAAAAAACUUGGAAUGAUGUCAUAUGGGAAGAGAAAAAGUUCGAGGGUACACCUGGGAAAAUCACAAUGCUCAUUCAGGUAAUUGAGCACAUUUCACUUUAUCAUCUCUCUGUUAAUAAAAAUAAUUAAGUAGAAAAAGAGUAGAAUAGUACCAGCUCUGAUGCAAAUCUAUAUGUGAAUUUGAACUCAUCUCAACGGAGUUAUGGUGGAACCGGGGGAGUGUGAGUGCCACUUUUUUUAGAUUGGAUAUGUAUACUCUAACGUUCUCAAAACAUUUUUUUGGGUUUAUUCCUGUAAUGGAAGAGGUUGAACUGAUUCAAGAACAAAGUAGAUAUUCAUUUCUGUUCCUUCCUUUUACAGGAGGAGAUAAUGAAAUUAGCAGAACUAGAGGGGUAUCCGGUUGCUCUUUUCAAUGAAUAAGUUGCCUCUCAUUAGUUAUUACUGUUGGGUUAGCUUUUUUAUGAUUUUCUGUCUGUGAUAUAACCAUGAAUGAGUGCAGCAGUUAUGCAAGUUUAUGUGGGAGACUUUCUACAAGUAGUAUGCGUUUGAUCCAAUAUGGAUGUGGAAAAUUCUAUGCUUCAAAAGUUAGCAUGCGUUAUUCCUUUCUUCUUCUAAUACUUCCAUAGUUCCAUCAGAGAAAUAUUCAUGUUUAUAAUGAUUAUGAGUUCAACACAUAUAUAGUACUCCACAGUUUUUGAGUUCAACAUAUAUGUAGUAUAUCUUAGAGAAUAAAAAUAUUGUACCAAUUUUCCAUAUUAUGACUGAUGAAGUUUCAUCAUAAGGACUUUUUUUUUGAAAGGCCAUAAGGACUUUAUUUGGCAAUUAGUUAAUGAGGGUUUGUCAAAAAUAGUCUAUGUUUGUUUGCACAUGUAGCAUUUUCCUUUUAGAAAAUUUACUAUUUCCCCAUUGAAGUAGAUCAUAAUUGCUAGUUCAACCUUGUAAUUUUAAAAUUCAAGUACUCACCUUUGAGUUCCGAUUACUCUCAAUGUUUAUACUUUCUGUCAAUAUUCAUCUCAUCUAAUUGUAAAACAGUUCAAUUCCUUAAUAUUCACUGUUAAUAGUCUAAAUGAUUCAUCAUCAUACUUGUAAGACAUGGUUAAUGUUCACGAUUCAUUGUUCUUGCUACUCGUGAGAUUACUUUUUUUUUUUAUCGUUACUCGUGAGAUUACUUGAUAUGGAUGAAUUACGGGUAAAAGCCAUGCCUUUUUUUUUUUUUGCAAAUAGCCAUGACUUAUAUUGAUGAAGAGAAGUGUUUUGACUUUUAAGAGCCCAUAUUCUAUAUAAUCUUCAUUACCAAAUUAGAUUUGUCGUGCAUUCAUUUAUAUAAACUUCAAAUCUAACAAACGUUGUCUCAUAUUCACCCAAUUAUACUUCUUCCAUGAGUAACAAAGAAGCCGCAACUUAAACCAAGGACUUAUUUCAACGCUUAAGAACAUGAAUUUUAGACCUCCUCAGAUUUGAGGAUUAAAAAAAUUUAAACGAGAUAAAUAUUGACGGAAUUGAUAAGCAGUGAGAAUAGUCCAAAGAGUGGUAUUUAUUUAGCAAAUGUUAAAAUUUUCCAAGGACUAGAGAGUUAAUUGUUAAUAUUAUAGUAAGAAUAACUCUAAAUGAUAAUAAAAAGACUAAGUAGACCUGUUACAUAAUCAAAAAAUCAUUUUUCCAUAUUUCUUGGGUAUCAUACUUUACGUAUUUGAAAUUUGAUCAAGAAUUAUCAACAAAAGAACUUUAAUUCAAUGCACAAAUAACUCUUGAAUUGCAAAAACUAUUUUUAAUUCAGUUCCGUGUACAUGACCUUAUUUUUCUCUCAGUAUUAGAUUAGUUCAGUUUAAGUAUUACUAUGCAAACAUUUAGACAUUCAUAUGACCUACUCUUUCCUUUAAUAAAAAGAGCAUUGUAGGAAUUUGGAAGCAAUAUAAAAAGUGUAUGAAGGCUUGGAUGUAGGGGUGAGUUCGGUUUACGCGGUUCGGUUUUGACCUAAAACCAAAUGUAGAAUCAAACUAAAAACUUCGGUUCGGUUCGGUUUGUUCAUAUUUUUUGUCCUACCACGGUUGAAUCGGUUCGGUUUUGUUCGGGUCGACUUCAGUUUUUUCGUUUUUAAACCAAAAGACACAUACUUUAUGAACAAAGAAAUGACGUGCAAAAUAACCAAAGUGCAGGAAAAUAAAACACAAGUAUUGAAGAAAGUCAAUCACUGCCUUACAAUUUAAAUAAAGUGCACUAAACAAGUACAUGACAUUUAAAAGUUAAGUGCAGUAAACUUGGAUAUAGUGCAGCAAAAUAAAAUGCAGUCCCAACUGAAAUGAAAAUAAAAUGCAGUCCCAACUAAAAUGAAAAAAUGCAGUCCCAACUAUAAAAUGCAGUCCCAAAAUAAAAUGCAAAAAGCAAAUGCAUUAAACUGAAAUGAUGAACAUCCUCAUCCACAAAUAUAUAAGCUCUUCAAGCAUAUCCCAUCCUCAUCAACUGGAAUAAGUAUACGCAUGACCGGCCGGCGGCCGGCCAUAUACUCCAUAUAAAAUAAAUGAUUUUUUUAUAUUUUUAAAUAUUUCGGUUUUUUUGGUUUCGGUUCGGUUUUGAGGAGUCAAAACCGAAACCAUAACCAAACAGGUUCGGUUCGGUUUUUUAUGUUCGGUUUCAGUUUUUCAUUGGUUCGGUUUAUUUGGUUGCGGUUUGAUUUGAUUUGAUUUGAUUCAGUUUUCGGUUUUCGGUUCUACGAACCCACCCCUACUUGGAUGUGGUUGUUGCAUACAUAGGAAGGCUAAUUCUAUAUUUUAAAGUGUACAAUUAUACUCCGUAGAUGCUAGUUGAAGUUUUAUAUAGAUUGAAGUGAUAACAUAAAAUAUGGCCAUAUAACAUUUGGAGUCAUCUUUUAACAUUCUAUAUACAUGAAGAUAUAAACUAAACCAAGUAAACUCAUCAAACUUUCCCUCCAAAACCCCUCCGUCCAAACUGGCCCUUAGGAAACUACUUUAAGGUAAUUACCAAAGCUUAUAUCUGCCUUGGAUGGAACAGAAUGCCUCCUUAGAAGCUGUUCCGUUCGUCUUAAUCUUAUUACUUAUUCCUUAAUCUUAUUUUAUUCAGAUCAGAUCAGAUCAGAUCAGAAAGAUUCAGAUCAGAUCAGAUCAGAUCAGAAAGAUUCAGAUCAGAUCAGAUCAGAUCAGAAACAUUCAGAUCAGAUCAGAAAGAUUCAGAUCAGAUCAGAAAGAUUCAGAUCAGAUCAGCAACAUUCAGAUCAGAUCAGAAACAUUCAGAUCAGAUCAGGUCAAAAAAUUCAAACAUGAUUUAUCACUUUUAUUAUUAUAUUAAUUAUGAUUAUUAUAUUAUAGUUAUUG